AUGUCUUCGGUGUUCGGCAAGCCCCGAGCGGGCAGCGGGCCACACAGCGUGCCCCUCGAGGUCAACCUGGCCAUCCUGGGGCGCCGCGGGGCGGGCAAGUCUGCCCUGACUGUGAAGUUUCUCACCAAGAGGUUUAUCAGCGAAUAUGACCCCAAUUUGGAGGACACCUACAGUUCUGAGGAGACUGUGGACCACCAACCUGUCCACCUGAGGGUCAUGGACACUGCAGACCUGGACACCCCCAGAAACUGCGAGCGCUAUCUAAACUGGGCCCAUGCCUUCCUGGUGGUGUAUAGUGUCGAUAGUCGCCAGAGUUUUGAGGGCAGCAGCAGCUACCUGGAAUUGCUGGCCUUGCAUGCCAAGGAGACACAGCGUGGCUACCCUGCCCUGCUGCUGGGCAACAAGCUGGAUAUGGCCCAGUACAGGCAGGUCACCAAGGCUGAGGGUGCGGCUUUGGCAAGCAGGUUCGGGUGCCUGUUUUUUGAGGUCUCUGCCUGCCUGGACUUUGAGCAUGUGCAGCAUGUCUUCCAUGAGGCUGUGCGGGAGGUGCGACGGGAGCUGGAGAAGAGCCCCAUGGCCCGGCCCCUCUUCAUCUCUGAGGAGAAAGCCCUAUCUCACCAGACCCCGCUCACAGCCCGACACGGGCUGGCCAGCUGCACUUUCAAUACUCUGUCCACUAUCAGCCUGAAGGAGAUGCCCACUGUGGCCCAAGCCAAACUGGUCACUGUGAAGUCAUCCCGUGCCCAGAGCAAGCGCAAGGCACCCACCUUGACCCUACUGAAGGGCUUCAAGAUCUUCUGAGGACCCUUCUUCAUGGCUGAUGCUCCAGUUGCAAUGCAGGAGCUGGUUUGCCCUCUGAUGAACCAGUGGCCCUUAUGCUCUGGUAGAUAGCAGACUCCACCUCCACACAGUCUCUACAUGCUCACUGUGUGAGCCAGAACAGGCAGUGAUGCUGCUGAGUCCCUCCAGGCCUUGGGCUCCAUGGUAACU